CCGCCAUCCCCGCCUGCCCAUCCUCCCUCCCCCUUCGCCCCCCCUUUGUUGGCGCGUGUGUGUGUGUGUGUGUCCCUUCCCUGGGCCGCUCCUCCCGCCCUCCCCUUCCUCCUCCGUCCCACCAUUCGCCUGCCCCUCCUCCGGCGGACGCCCCUGCUGCUGCUCUUCCUUUCCCUGCUGGCCCUGGCUCCCCUGCUCCUGAGUGCCACCAUGUUCGACGCCCAUCCGAUCAUUCGUCCCCCACCUGUGGAGGUUGUCCAAGACUCCGAGAAGCAGAAUGCCCCGGUCUUCCGUGUUGUCCUGACCGGCGGCCCCUGCGGCGGCAAGACCACCGCUCAGCAGCAGCUGAUGGAUACCUUCUCCUCGCUUGGCUGGAAGGUCUUCCGCGUGCCCGAGGCCGCCACCCUGCUGCUCGGCGGUGGUGUUGUCUUCAGCGAGUGCACCCCGGAGCAGAGCUUCAUCUUCCAGGAGCAGCUCCUGCUGGCCAUGCUGUCCAUCGAGAAUGUCUUCUUCGAGAUGGCUCGCUCCAACUCCGAGCUCGGCAUCAAGACCAUUGUCCUGUGCGAUCGUGGAGCCAUGGACGCCAGCGCAUACAUCAGCCGCGAGGACUGGCGCCGGAUCCUCGAGCGCAAUGGCCUUGACGAGGUGGAGCUUCGCGACGCGCGCUACGACGUCGUCGUGCAUCUGGUCACCGCGGCCGACGGUGCCGAGGGCUACUACACGCUGGCCAACAAUGCCGCCCGGUCGGAGGGGCUCUCCCUGGCCCGGGAGCUGGACAAGAAGUCCUGCAAUGCCUGGGUCGGUCACCCGGUGCUGGAUAUCAUCGACAACAGCACCCCCUUCACGCAGAAGAUCGAGCGCGCCACGGCCGCCGUGGCCAAGCGCCUGAACAUCCCCGGGGUCCCGACCAUCGACCAGCGCAAGUACAAGUUCCUGGUGGCCUCCCUGCCGGAGUCCUUCCCGGUGGAGCAUCAGGACUUCCAGGUGGUCCACGAUUAUCUGAUCUCGGAUGGCACCACCGCGGCCGAUGGCGACCGUAUCCCGCAGCUGCGCAUCCGUCGCCGCGGCCAGGGCAAGCUCUUCACCUAUACCCUGACUCAGCGCGUGCGCCUGCCGGAUGGCCAGCGCCUCGAGACUCGCCGGUCCAUUGCCGCUCGUGAGUAUGAGACUCUCUUGGCUCAGCGUGACACCACUCGCAACUCCAUCGUCAAGCGCCGGAUUUGCUUCAUGAGCGACUCGCGGUACUACCACAUCGAUGUCUUCCAGGAGCCCCAUGCCGGCCUCCUCCUUCUGGAGACCUACAGCCAGGGCCCGCCUGAGCUGCCCCCCUUCCUGGAUGUCAUCCGCGAUGUCACCAAUGACCCCGACUACAGCAUGUUCAACCUGUCCCGCAUCUCUCCCUCCCCUUGCGCCGAGGCCACCGUCUCCUCUUCGCCCUCCCUGGAGAUCUACGAGUAGCGCGGGGGUACACCUGUUGCGCCGUGCGCGCUGGGGCGCACAUAUAACAACACACAUGCAAACAUACACACCCCUGUGUCCCUCCCCGCGCAUCCUCCCCCCCCCCCCCUCCC